AGUCAAGGUUGUUUGACAGUUUUGUAUUAUCCAAAUAUAUCGUUAAAAUAAAUUAAUAACUACUUUACCACAUAUAACUAAUAACUCAAUAAUUACAUGGAAAAAAUAAAAGUUCUUAGAAUAUUCCGAUUGUAUUAAAAUGGGAUUUUAAAUGUGAUAUAGGUUAGAAGAUAACCAUGUCAAGACCAAAUGAUAUUGACCCUUAUCAUAAUAUAAGAACUAAAGAAGGUAAUUAUUACGAUGUACCAGAUCUCACAAGAAGGUUGCCCAUACAUGACGAGUACUUGGAAAAUCGUGAACAACUAAUUUAUUAUACUAACGUACACCAUAGUCAUGAAGAUUUAACUUUAAAGAGAUACAUUGGUUCAGGAGUAGCAUUUGUUAGUUUAGUAGCCGAGAAUUUACUUAGUCAUCCAUUUUUGGUUCUGCGUAGGCAGUGUCAAGUUCAUCAUACUUCAAAAAGAUACCAUUUGCUGCCCUUCACACUUCUACCUGCAGUAUGCCAUCUCCAUCAACAUCAGGGAUUGACGACAUUAUGGAAGGGUUUAGGAUCAGUAUUACUAGUGCGAGGGAUGUCCUUAGGGGUAGAAGACUUAAUUUCCAAAGUGACACCAUGGCCAAAGGACGUUGGCUGGCAUAGUAGCUUGAAACAGUUUUUUCAACAUACUCUUCUAAAAUGCGUGAGUUUAGCGAUAGUGACUCCUUUUUAUUCAGCGUCUUUUGUGGAAACUGUUCAAAGUGAAAUUGCAAGUGAAAAACCAGGAAUUCUUGAUGUUUUCCGAGAAGGAUUUAUGCGCCUUUUAAAUUGGGGUGUACCAGCGAAAGGAAGGAUGCUUCCUAUAUGGGCACUGAUUGUCCCGACAGUUACAUUGGGCUUAGCAAAAUAUUUAUUUUCGAUGAUGGUCAGAGGGGCUACCUUAAGACUAUUACAUGUAAGGUAUAAACAUAGACAUGAAGCAAAUGGGGCAUUACCGAAGGAUUUGAAUAAUUCAACAGUGAUGCAAGAUCUCGAGUUAACAGCUUCAUUGAUAGCAACUAUUUCUAGUGAUGUUGCUUUCUUUCCAUGUGAAACUAUUGUCCACCGCCUUCAUCUACAGGGCACUCGAACAAUUGUGGAUAAUUUGGAUAAUGGGAAGUCAGUUUUGUCCAUUCUAACAAGUUAUGCUGGCGCUAUCGACUGCUAUGAGACGUGUAUAGCUACGGAGGGCGUGUGCGGUUUGUACAAAGGAUUUGGUGCAUUAAUUUUGCAAUACUCUGCCCACGUAGCACUUAUCAGAGUGUCUCACUUAGUCCUGACCGAAAUUGGAACUCUGUUGAGGAAACCCAAGCAAAAACCACCACCUCCAAUUGACGUUUCACCACCAGCUAUUUCGAAUUUGACUGCUCCACCACAACCCGUAGAUCUAGUGAGGUGAAAAUAACAAUUCAAUAUGAAAGCUGGGAGAUUACUCAAUUUUGGAGCGGAAAUUAAAUGUUGCAUCAUUUGUUGGACCUUUAGUGCCAUUUCAUGUCAUUGGCAUGCUAUAGGCAAGACCAUAGAGUUAUUAUACUGUACUGUUACAGGCAGGGUGCCAUUUAUUUGUUUGUCGUAAAUAAUGGCGCUGAUGGGCAGAUUAUUCGUCUGCCCUCAGUUUGUUUAAAGCAAGAAAUUGACCACAAUUAUUUUCUUUUAAUUUCCAUCAAUACCGAAGAUAUUUACGUAAAUAUUUCAUAAUGUAAAAUGUUUACGCAAUACAUUCGUCCCACCUAUCCGUCUUCGUAUACUAGUUAGUGUUACACAAACUGUAUAGUUUAUAUCGCUAAGCAUGUUUAAUGAGUACAUUAUAUAACUCUAUGGACCUUUGUACUUCAGUUGUACUUGCUUUGCCACUUCAAACUAACAAUACAAUAUAUUUUUCACACACUAUUGUGUACAUAUUUUAUUAACAGCUAUUUAAAGAAAAAAAUACAUAAAUGUAAAAAUUUAUUGAAUUUGCAAAAUUUCUCAAUGUUCUGUGACGUUAUAUCUCAGGACCUUAGCAAUACUAAUAUAUUUUUGAAUAAAAACAUAUUUAUCACAA